AUGGAGGCAGCGGUAACUGUAAAAGUAGAUGAGGACAAGCCCAUGGAGGUAGAUGUAGCUGUUGAGUUGGAAGGAAUGGCUGCUUCAGCUUGGUCUAGCCAUUUUAAAGUGCUUUGUUUUAUAAGAAAUAUAUAUUUUUUUUACUCAUCAGGGUCAUCUGAAAGGAGGAUUGUUCUGUUGGGUCAAACUGGAUCAGGAAAAAGCGCAACAGGAAACACCAUACUGAAAAAAGACUGUUUUAUUAGUAAACAUUCCUCAAGUUCAGUCACAAACACCUGUAAAAAUGGAGUUGCAGAGGUGUUUGGUAAAAGCCUUUCAGUAACUGAUACUCCAGGACUGUUCGAUACAUCAUUGACUGAAAAAAAGCUGAAAACUGAAUUAGAGAAUUGUGUUGAGAUGUCGGCUCCUGGUCCCCAUGUGUUUCUGCUGGUGAUCAGACUCGAUGUCAGAUUUACAAGGGAACAGAAGGACACAGUGAAAUGGAUUCAGGAGAACUUUGGAAAAGACGCUACACGUUACAUCAUCAUUAUUUUCACACAUGCUGAUGUACUAAGGGGAUCAUCAUUAGACGAUUUUAUAAAAGAAAAUCAAGAUCUACAAGCCAUUACUGAUAGUCUCCCAUAUCACUCCUUCAGCAAUAACGGACAAAAUCAAGAUCAAGUUAAAGAGCUGCUAGAGAAGAUUGAACAAACAGUGAAGAGAAACAACGGAACACAUUACACCAAUGAGAUGUAUAAUAGAGUCCAGAGAAACAUCAAAUUAAAAAAAAUAGCAUUAGGAACAGCAAUAGGAUUACUUGCAGUAACAGGGAUGGGAGGAGUGGGAGCAGUGGUAGUGGGAGCAGCAGCAGCAGCAGCAGUGGGAGCAGGAGCAGCAGCAGUGGGAGCGGGAGCAGCAGCAGUGGGUCGCAGCGCCGAGUGGGAGCGGGAGCCAGCAGGAGCAGUCCAGCAGUGGGAGCGCUCAGCAGUGGGAGCGGAGCAGCAGCGUGGACCGCGGGAGCGCAGUAGCAGCAGCAGUGGGAGCAGCAGCAGUGGGAGCAGGAGCGGCAGCAGUGGGAGCAGGAGCGGCAGCAGUGGGAGCGGGAGCAGCAUGGGCAAGCAGCAGUGGGAGCGGGAGCAUCAGGAGAGGAGCACUAGGAUCAACAGCAGUGCAAUGGGAGCACAAGCAGGAGCACUGCAUGACAGCAUUGUGGACUGA